UGACAUCAUUCCUCAAGUAAUCCAUAUGUGGGGAAUUGGAAAAGCACGUUAUGGAUAUAAAGGAGAUUUCAAUAAGUUUCAUUCAGUGUGUGUGUGUGUGUGUGUGCGUGCGUGCGUGUGUGUGUGUGUUUGAGUGACGUCAGUCCGUGUGUGUAUAAAGUCUCUGUGAACUGAUGGCGAAUCAUCAGAAUCGAGCAGCUCGAGGAACUUCAGCAGUGUUUUCUUAUAAUCUCCUCUUGAUGUUCUUUCUGAAGAUGUUUCGCGUGUUCUCGGCUGUUGUGCUGUUGUGUGUGUGCGUGAGCGCGGAGCGCGCGGAUUUACCGAGAGAUUUCGGAGUGAAACUGUGCGGCCGCGAGUUCAUCAGAGCCGUGAUCUUCACCUGCGGAGGAUCCCGGUGGAGGAGAACCGCCACACAACACGGUCAUCUGUUGCUGGACGCGUAUCAGGACGCUCAGGACAGAGAUGAAGAGCUCAGUCUGAAUGCAGAGCCGUCUCUCUCAGAGCUGCUGCUGCCGGUGAUGAGCGACAGACAAACCGACGACCGGCGGAGAGACACGCUCGACUGGCCCCGUCCCGACCGGAGGAAGCGGAACUUCUCUCUGGGACUGGCGGGAAUGUGCUGUAAUCAGGGCUGCACCAAAAACGACAUCGGCCGCCUGUGCUGAGAGUCACUGAUGAUGAUGAUGAUGAAGGACUCGCUGAUGAAGAGCUCAACUGCUAAAUCGUGCUUCAUUUGUAAUUAUUUAUUUCACUGUUCAUAUGACCACAUGAAUAAAACUUCUUGAUUGCAACUUUCAUAUUUACUGAUUAAAAAUCGAUUCAUAAACACAAAAAUCGCCAAACGAAUAAAGGCAAACGCCGUGAGAAGCUGUAGUGAGUGAUUUACUCUGCUCACCACGGUAAAACCAACCCCAGUUACAGAAAAAUCCGAAUAAACUGUUCU